ACCUCUUACAUUUCUUACACAUUUCCCUCACCGAGCUGUUUCUAGAGAGAGAAAAAGGCGUACAGGGAGAGAGAGCGAGAGAGAGAGAGAGAGGGGGGAAGGGAAAGAGAAGCAUGUCUUCCUUCGAUUCAUUUGGCAUGGAAGGAGAGGAGAUUCACGCGGCGAAUCACCAUCGUCCCUUCGAAGACGACGAUGAAUUCUCUGGUUACGGCGCCUACUCCAGCUUCUCAGGCAAUAACCAGCACUCAUCCAGCGGGUUCCCCGGGGAAGAAAGUGAUGUUACAGUGGAUCACGUGGCUGAGUCGCCGGAUAUCUUCGGCUUCGGAUCCUCUGAUCCGAAUCCUAGUUACUCGCAAUCUCCGUUCAGCUCCUCGGUUCAUGUGGAGAACGGAAAUGGAAAUGGCUAUGGUGCUGGAAGUGAUAACGUUUUUGAGUCGGAUGGACCGGUGCUUCCGCCUCCUACCGAGAUGGAACCGGAGGAGGGUUUCGCUCUCCGUGAGUGGCGUCGUCAAAAUGCCAUCCAGCUAGAGGAGAAGGAAAAGAGGGAGAAGGAAAUCAGGAACCAGAUUAUUGAAGAAGCUGAAGAAUAUAAACGAGCAUUCUAUGAGAAAAGAAAUGUUAAUAUUGAAAGUAACAAGGUUAAUAACAGGGAAAGAGAAAAGUUAGUCUUAGCUAUCCAAGAGAAGUUCCACAAGGAAGCAGACAAACAAUACUGGAAGGCAAUUGCGGAACUCAUUCCUUAUGAGGUGCCCAAUAUUGAGAAGAAGAGAGGCAAGAAGGAUCAAGAAAAGAAGCCAUCAAUAACAGUUAUUCAAGGACCUAAACCUGGGAAACCCACUGAUCUCUCAAGAAUGAGGCAAAUCCUCGUGAAGCUGAAGCAUGCACCACCACCUCACAUGAUGCCACCUCCUCCCGCACCUGUGAAAGAUGGGAAGGAUAGCAAAGAUGCCAAAACUAAAAAAGACGCUGCAGAGAAAGCUGCAACUUCUUCGCCAGCAAAAGAUGCCAUUCCUCAAGGUUCUUCACACACUUCCCAACCAGAGGCUGCUGCAGAGAACAUCCAACCUGCUGCGGAACCUGAGCCAACACCAGCCGCAUGAUUUGCUCACAGUAGUCCUUUUCGCCUAAUUUCAGGUUGAUCGCAUAUUCUCUUAUUUUGUUUUUGUCCAAUCUGUCUAUUUCUGUCAAAAUAGCAUUUUGUAUCACGUCAUUUACCUUAGGAGAGUCAAAAGAAAACAUUAGUCGGCUCCUUCUGUCAGGAGUUGGAUUCUUAUUAUUAUUAUUUUUUUUUUUGGCUGUAUGGACAGGGAGUUGAAGUCCUGGCUUUUAAUAUGGUUUUGUUAUUCUGCGUUUAACUUCUUCCAACUUUUCGCUCUUGUAUUAUCUUGGCUUUUAAUAUGGUUUUGUUAUUUUGUUUUUGGUUGUA